AUGGCGCAUUCAAAGCGCAACACCUCCCUCCCUCAUUUCACCUCUUAUGAGCGCAGUCUCCUCCGCGACAGCUGGGGUACAAAACGCAGCGUAAUCGGACGCGACUCAUUCCUCCCCUUCGCAUCCUGCAAACUAUGUCUCCAACCCGCCCGAACUCCGGUAGUAGGCUGCGCCAGCAACGGCGACCUAUUCUGCCGUGAAUGCGCAAUCAAUGACCUCCUUGCCCAAAGACAAGAGAUCAAGCGACUCGAACGGGAACGCGAAGACGCCAAGAAGCGAAUUGCCGAGGACGACAAGCUCGUACUGGAAGAAGCAAAGAAGAAAGAAUUGGCGGACUUUGAGCUUGUUUCUAUGGGAUUAGAAGCUGGCCAAAAAGGGAAGAAGCGCAAGGCGGAAGAGAGUGAUGCCGUUGAGGCGUUUAAGGCGCGUGAGGUGGUUGUUGAUGGGAAGCGGAAGAAGGUCUUUGAGCUGGAUGAGGAGGAGAUGAAGAGGGUUUCUAGAGAGGAGCAGGAGAGAUUGAAGAAUGAGUUGAAGAAGGAGAAGUUUGAGUCGAGCAAGUCGGCGCUGCCGUCUUUUUGGGUACCGUCUUUGACACCAAAUACGGAUGCGGAUGAGAUUGCUGCGAAUAAGACUGUGAAAUUGGCGCCUAUUUGUCCUGGGUCUACGGAGACCAAUCGGCAUACUUAUUCGUUGAAAGGUCUGGUUGAGGUGCAUUUUACGGAGGAAAAGGGCUCCGAUGGAUCUACAUCGAGGAUUUGUCCGAGUUGCAAGAAGAAUCUUAGCAAUGGACUCAAAGCUAUGCUUACUAAACCAUGCGGCCAUGUCAUCUGUUCGCCGUGUGUUACGAAGUUUAUGACUCCACAUGAUACUCCUGAUCCCCAUGCUUCGAAGGAAGAACAGGAGGCCCAUCGCCGAAUAUCAUGUUAUGUUUGCGAAACUGAUCUUACACAAGAUUCCAGUUUAGAGAAAAAGGACAGCAAGAAGAAGUCUAAGAAGAAGGAUAAGGAAGGGAUCACGCCUGGCCUGGUGGAGAUUAGCUCUGAGGGAACAGGGUUUGCAGGUGGUGGUGGCAAUGUUGCUACGAAGAAGGGCGUGGCAUUCCAAUGUUAA